AUGGCUUACGUGAGUGUUGCUGAAUGGCGACCUGAACAAGUUACUGAGUGGCUUAAGGGUUUAGAUAACUGUAUUGUGUCUUACAUACAUUGGUUUUCUAAUAAUGAAGUUAAUGGGCAGCAACUUCUCAAUUUAACUCCAGAUGAUUUGACACAUCUUGGUGUUUUUAAAUUGGGACACCAGGAGUUAAUUUUGGAGGCUGUUCAGCAUUUGAGAAAUUUUCAUUAUGAGUUGGAUAGAGAAAAUCUGCAACUUCUGGCCUUAAAAUUGUCUUGUGCUGCUCAUAGCCUUUACAGCGAAAUUAGAGAUCAAGCUGAAAGUUCUUCUGUGCCUACUCAAAUAAUGGCUGAUGUUGCUAAUGUAAUUCACCAUGUAAAACCUUUAGUUUCUUGGUUAGACAGGCCACCUUUUGCUGGAGAAAUUCAGUAUACAGAAUAUAAGUCGCAAUUGCUAAAUUUAAGUCUUGAAAUGGCUACAAGUGCUCAAAGAGACAGAUUUGCCGAAAGACCUGUUGCUGAAAUUCGAAAUUGUUCUUUCAAAUUAGCUAAUCUUGCUGAUUCGAUCAUACAAAAUAUAACAAAUCCAAUGAUACUUCAACCAGCAACAUUAGAUUUAGCUACCAUUAAGAAAAAAGCAGGGGAAGAACUGGAUUUCUUUCUUGUGCCAAGUUUUCAUGGUAUUCAUCAAAUAGGUGACAUGAAAUUAAGUUCUCCUGCUCAUCAAUCUGGAAAAAUUCAACAGGGUGAUGAAAUAGUACAAGUUAAUUAUCAAACAGUUGUCGGUUGGUCUAGGAAAAAAGUUUUGGCUCUUUUUGAAGAAAGUCCAAAUGAUUUAUUGCUUACUUUGAAACGGAGGCCUCGACAUGUAAAAAUGUAUGGUCAAAUUUACAUGAAGCCUUACAGGUUGCCUAGUAGGAAAAGAGCAUUACCAUUUUCAAGGUGGAAUGAUAAUUUGCCAAGUCCAAGGCCAGAAUUACUCACGAUUCCUGAUUUUGAUACGACCAGAAAUUUAUCGAAAAAAGUUGAAAAUAAUGAGUCUUUGUCAUUGGAACCAUCGGGAACUUCUAGUAGUUCUGACGAAGAAUUUGGACAAACCUCUGAUACUCAGAGUCCUUUAUCAAUGAGGUUGUUUCUUACAAAACCAAGAAGUUCCAUACAAAGAAGAUUUACUUUAUCCGGACCACCAAGACCUUCUGCUCAAAGUGAACAGAUAAAUAAUUCAAGUGCUCAAAAUGUAGGAAGUAAGAACGGAAACAUAAACGAAAUGUUUCAACUUCGAGAUAAAUCGGCCAGUUUAGGAAAUUCCAUUGCAUCGGCUUCAUCGCGAUCAACUUCUUGUGUUCCUUUUACUAAAACAAGAAUCGGUAGUGUUAAAUUUGAUUUGUCGAAAUUUGAUAAUGAAAUAAAAAAUGAUAAAAUUAUUUGUACGGAAAAGGAGAAAAAUUCCCAAGUUGCUGUUGUUGUUGCUGCCGUUCCGGACGUCGACGGAUCGACUACCGUAGAAACGAAAAGUGAAAAUAAAAAAAAUUUAACAAACAAUGAUUCGGAUGAAAAAAAUUGCGUUAAUUUAACGAGUCAAACGACAAAUUUGAGCAUAACGGAAUUGAAUAAAAUUAAAAGAAAUGCUUUUUUCAAUAACAUGGAAUGUUGUUCGAAUACUCAAUCGAACGAAACGAUCGAUAAAUUGGUGAGAGAAGGAAGUUCGGACAGAGUGAAAAGAGUUAUUGAAAAUUUCAAAUCGGAAAUAAUAAAUAAAAGUAAAAAGGAUUCAACGGAAAUUGAAAUUGUUAAAAGUCCGGGAAAGGUCAUGGAAUUGGUUGAAAAUUUUGAAAAAAAAGAAAACAUGAACCCCCCGACCGUUAGAAAUAAAAUCAAUUUGAAUUUGAUGGGGAAAUCGAUUCGUGAAAAAAAUAAUUUAAAUAAAAUCUGUGAUAUAUCCGUUUGCAAUAAUGUAAAUAAUGAAAAUAUUAACGAAAUGAAAAGAAAAUCGGAUGACGACAGCGUAAAAGAAAUAUUUUCCGCCGUCGAAAACGUGAAACGUUUAAAUUUAAAUGAUAAAUCAUCAUCCGACGAAGAACCUUUCAUUUCAACCGGGAAAAAAAAUUUUCAAGAUGUUGUCGAAUCUAAAACAAAUAAUAGUAAUAAUAAUAAUAAAUUUUAUAAUGAAAUAAAUGAAAAUAAUAAUAAUAAUAAUUUUGAUAAAACGUUGUUUAAAGAUAAAAAUGACAUCAGCAUGAUAUCAUCAGGCGAGAGCUUAAACAUAACGGACGAAACAAAAAUAAUCAACUCGGAAGAAUCAAAUCAAAAUGAAUGCAAAAUGGAAUCUAACAAGGAAGAGGAUCAAAUGUCCGCGGAGGCUCUCAUUACGACGACGACGAAUAAUAAUGAAAAAGAAUCGUUUAAACCGAUACCGGCUCAGAGAAAGAGUAAAAUGACGGGGGAUUCAAAUAAAAAUCUAUAUCCCCUCCCGCCUAAACCGCGUACGAAACUUCCCAAUUCUUCAUCUUCUGAUGAUAAUAAUGCUCUCUAUCAUGGCGUCGUGAAUAAGAAUAAUGAAAAACCACCGGAACCUCCGCCGAGACCGGAUAGUACUUUUUUAAAACUUCCAAGCAUCAAAAGUGGAAAUUUUAUCGAAAUCGUCAAUAAGAAACCGGGGAAAGAUUCGACGACCGUGGAAAAAGGACUCACCAUAUCCGCACCCCUCAUCACGAUGAUGCCUGAAACCCCUUCGUUACCUUUAAAUUUACAACCCGUUUCUCCCAUGCCAUCAUCCGUUCCAUCGGAACGUAAAAAAACGUCAAAAUCAUCAUCAUCGUUCGGUUCUUGUUCGAAUGAAAAGACUAAAAAUUCUGUGAGCACUUUGGAAAGUCUUAAAGCCAUGUUGACUCUGGGUAGAAGAGCGACGAACGUCAACAGUCCCCGUUCGAUGAGAAAGAAAAACGCCAUGCUUGCAAAAAAACGAAAUGUUAGCGUGAAAGAAAUAACUCCGAAUGAAAAUUGCGGAUACCUUUAUUAUCGUAACAGAAGAGGUUUGGCCGUUGCUUCUUGGACGAAAUUUUUUUUCGUUUUGCAAGAAUCCAAUUUUUACGGGUUUAAAUGUAGGGAAAGCACAAAAGCGGAUCUUUUCAUACAUUUGCCAGGGUUUACUUGUACGCUCGCGGAAGAAGUCAAAUCGAAAGAUUAUUCAUUUAAAAUUUAUCACACGGGUACGGUUUUUUAUUUUGCGGCAAAUUCGCAAGAGGAUUUACAACAGUGGUUGGAUUCGAUAAACGUUGCCAUUUCGAAUCAGGAUGAAAGAGGAGGAGGAGGAGUAGUAGUAGUACCCGACGUUGUUAAUUUUAGUCAAACUGAUUCCGACGACGAUUCGGAUACGGAACCCGAACCUGAAACUUGUUUUCCAACGAGUCCGAAAAUGAAAAAGGUAUUGGGGUCAUCGUCACUUCCCAAACCGGCAAGAAGUCAUCAAAACUUGGCGUCGGAUUCGAAGAAAAGCAACGAAAUGCAAAGAAGAUUCGGAUCGUUGAAAAAAUUAAGUACGAGAAAAAAUUCAAACGCGAGUGAGACGUCAUCGUCGGAUCAGGGAGGAGCUAGUUUAGAUAGGAAAUAUUUGAGAUUUUUGGGACAAAGAAAUUCUCCGACUCCAGUACCGACAACAGGUUUUAGAAGUUACAGAAGAAUAAAUCCAACUCCAGUACUACCAACCAAAACUGGAAAAUCUACAGCCAAAGUCAAAGGAUUGGAAAAUAACGUGGAAACGUCGACGAUUCAAAAUUUGGGAAAUGUGAGGGAUCCUCCAAAACUUUCGAGGAAACCGUUACAUUCGUCGAAUCCUUCUUUGGCACAUCCGGAAAUGGCCGAUUACAGAGUCACGCAAGAAAGAUUAACGGAAUUUCGAAGGCUUAGAAAUCAGGGGGGAAACGUUGGAGAUUCCAACAGGUUUUUAACAUUAGAGCAAUUCAUGCAAACAAUGCAAGAAGAUAAUUUUCGAACAAAUAGAAAUCGAGCACAAGAAAUAAACGGGUUUAUAACUCUCGAACAAUUUUUAUUGAGACAAGAAGAGGAACGUCAGAGAUCCAUUGUUAAACCUCAAGAAAGGCCUUCAACGUCGAACGAUUUGGGUAAUGGCGAACCUUCGACGACAGUCGAGUACGACGAAGAAGAACGAAGAUCCAGACCGGAAAUGAAUAAUUUUAACAGAGAUGUUUCGGUACAAAAUGGUCCGACGACAUCGAACAUUAGAAUCAACCGUCCAAAGAUAGCUGAAAUAGAUGAACCUUCCGGAGAAAGUAAAAAUAAAGAUUCGUCAAACGUUAUUGAAGUAUCGAAAAAUCCUACAGCAGCAACAGCAGCAGCAGCAGCAGCAUAUAAUUCGCCACCAAAUUGCGGUGUUUCUUCAUCGUCGUCAUCAUCAUCAUCAUCAUCAUCAACAUCAACGUCAUCAUCAUCAUCGUUUUCAUCCGUUUCUUCGACCACGGCAAGCCGAAACGACGCGAUGAAAAAAGCGUUCGAAAUGACACUCGAUAAUAAUAAUUCUAAUACGUCGUCGAAUGUGAGCCACAACGUUCAAUCCGGUCAGGUAUCCGGUCAGGGAAACAAAAGGAUCACGUAUCAGGGAAUCGAAUAUCCUCCUGCUUUCGAACCUGAAACUUAUACGCUACAACACAUGCUUAAAAACCGGCAAAAAAAUUAUCAAGACUCUAAAAAAAAAAAACAAUAA